AUGUUUACACGAUCUCAUCUGGCACAAGGUGGUCCAGUCGAUAUUACCUUGCAAGAACUGCAGUCAAAAGAUCUUCCACUCCUCGAGACAAAUAGCGCAACUGCCUGCCGAACUGCACAUCUUCGAACCGUACAAAGUUUUGCAACGAUAUUCUUCGGCACGAAGCACAAACAGCCAGAAAUUACCCAGAGAGGAUAUAUUCAACAUGGCGCGACACUGCAACAACUGAAUCGAGCACUGACCGAGCCGCAUUGUUAUAGGUAUGACGAGAUCAUACAAUCAGUAAUGACAUUGGCCAUCCAAGAAACGCUUGUGCCUUCGGGUGCGAAUCUCUUCAUGAAGCAUAUGCAGGGCUUGGAGAAGCUCUUAGCGCUUCGAGACCCAGACUUGUACAGCCCACCCUCGACGGUCAGCCUUUAUAAGUGUCUGCGCCAUAUGCUUCUUUUCGCAUCGCUUAUCGGUGGGACACCAUCGAUUCUGGCCAGGCCUGAUUGGAAAGAAAUGUUCCAUCGGCAUUGUGCAAACGACAAAGAGGAGCAGGAGCAGCAGCUCUACGAUUUUCUGGCGGAUUGUUCGGUUUUAGCAUCUAAGCGUGAUGCUCUGCUGAAGAAGAGAACGAGCGGUGAUGGCGUAACGAGUGACUUUGACGAGGUCCAACGCGAUGCUCUUCAUUUGGGCGAUCAGCUUCGAGCCUGGAGAGCGGAGUGGGCUGUUGACCCUACAAAUGCUUAUGUCGAAAUAUCCUCGAGUUCAGUGCAGCCGCAUGGACAGCCUGAGGAUACCUCAGUACCUCCUUCGCCAACAGACCUCCAAUUCUCCAACAUCAAGUCCGCCCUCACUCUGAUGCUGUUCUCACGUCACUACCCACAGACCCCCAGCAAGAAGAAUCGCAGACUGUCUACAUCAAAGCAGCACACUCCACUGUCAUUGGACGAUACCAGCGAGAAACACGAUGCGAUCGAGCAGCAGCUCGUACAGGAUGAACGUCACUGGCGCGAAGAAUCUCUCUCAUACGAUGAAGAAGAAGAGGAGAAUGAGUCCAGCGACAAGCAUGCCGAUGAUCACAGGCGAGUCCCAUUUUCGGAUCAUAGGCCUAGGGGGGAGGAGGAAUAA